AUGUUUUUAACCAAGGUUAAGAUCUUAUUUGAAAUCAUCAUCUUAUUUAGCACUCGUUGCUCCACCAUUGAUGCGACACGUGUUGAUGUGAAUGGAGUUUCUUGGCUUAUUGGCAGCUCGCCAUCUCUAGUUUUUGGAGCUAGUUCCAACCACAUUUCAGGGCUUUUACUGGACCUGCUCCUCAGUGAAGCUAUAAAAUUGAGCAUACAACGGCCACGACCCAAAUACAACAUUAACGAUCAGCGUUUCGAAGCACCUGUAUUCGGCCGCUUUUCCUUCCCUUUUGGGCACUCUUUAAGAGCGGCUAUGUUAGCAAGUUUGUGUGUCGCAUUUUACCCCAGUACCGGUUCGCUGCCGCUGGAUUAUCAAUGCUAG